AUGCUGAAUGUUUCGCCUGUGAACGGCAAAGGUAACCCAUGUAAUGGUCCACCCAGUCACCCCGAUGGUUACCCUAGCAACUGUAUUGGCCAACCCUCCUACCAAGCCGGCCAAAUCUGCACCUUCACAUGCCCAGACGGAUACGUCAAGACUGGAGGGGCUGCAAAACAGCUAUGCGAGAACGGCAAAUGGGUGGACGUGGGGGGACGUCUAGAAUGCGCAAGGGAAGUCAUUGAUGGCGGUUGGUCUGACUGGAGCGCAUGGUCUGACUGCAGCGUGACGUGUGGAGUCGGUACGCAGACUCGGAGCCGAACCUGCACCAACCCGGCACCAGCUAACGGCGGGGCGGACUGUGAAGGGGAUGAUGAGGAGACACAGGACUGCGACUCGGGAGUUUCCUGUCCAGUUGAUGGCGGUUGGUCUGACUGGAACCCAUGGUCUGACUGCAGCGUGACGUGUAGAGUCGGUACGCAGACUCGGAGCCGAACCUGCACCAACCCGGCACCAGCUAACGGCGGGGCGGACUGUGAAGGAGAUAAUGAAGAGACACAGGACUGCGACUCGGGAGUUUCCUGUCCAGUUGAUGGCGGCUGGUCUGAGUGGAACCCAUGGUCUGACUGCAGCGUGACGUGUGGAGUCGGUACGCAGACUCGGAGCCGAACCUGCACCAACCCGGCACCAGCUGACGGCGGGGCGGACUGUGAAGGAGAUAAUGAAGAGACACAGGACUGCGACUCGGGAGUUUCCUGUCCAGUUGAUGGCGGUUGGUCUGACUGGAGCGCAUGGUCUGACUGCAGCGUGACGUGUGGAGUCGGUACGCAGACUCGGAGCCGAACCUGCACCAACCCGGCACCAGCUAACGGCGGGGCGGACUGUGAAGGGGAUGAUGAGGAGACACAGGACUGCGACUCGGGAGUUUCCUGUCCAGUUGAUGGCGGCUGGUCUGAGUGGAACCCAUGGUCUGACUGCAGCGUGACGUGUGGAGUCGGUACGCAGACUCGGAGCCGAACCUGCACCAACCCGGCACCAGCUGACGGCGGGGCGGACUGUGAAGGAGAUGAUGAGGAGACACAGGACUGCAACUCGGGGGUUUCCUGUCCAGUUGACGGCGUGUGGUCCACUUGGCUGGCAUGGUCUACUUGCACCCAGUCCUGCGGCGGAGGGACACAGGUUCGACAGAGGCAGUGCAACAAUCCGCCCCCAUCGUCUGGUGGAAAUACCUGUGUCGGUAGUCAGGCACAGUCCCAGCAGUGUUCUACAUGGGCAUGUCCAGAUUGUGCGGGAACGUGCGCAGUAGGAACGAUGGACCCGGUGACCUGUGAGUGUGGCUGUCAAACUCACGUCCUGACGGCUACAGUGCGAAACAUGAAUAACGCUUCGUUAGAGGGGGCCACUAUCCACUACGCAGACAGACCUUACAUAACCCUUGGCACCACUGACACCACGGGUUCAGCAAGCGUUAGUGGUGUGUGCGCCAGUCAGGUAGAUCUGCUCGUAUUGAAAGAUGGGUACUCGUCGGCAGUGGCCACAACUGUUCCCACAACGUCGACUACAUCGACAGUGACUGCAAACUUGGAGAUACUGAUUGCACCUAUUAUAACGCAACACCCGGAAAGUCGAUCUCGGCUAGUGGGACAGGACGUCACAUUUUGCUGCGAAGCGCACGGUUCCCCAGACCCUGAUGCAGAGGAUUAUGAGUGGUUUCGCAAUGGCGAUGUUCUGGACAAAAGCGUGUACGGAUAUUCCAACCAACUCUCAUUGACCAACCUAGCCGUGGGUGACGCAGGAGAGUACAGAUGUCGGGCUAACAGUGCCGCCGGAGCCGCCUACUCGGAGUCAGCACUGCUGCAGAUAUAUGGAAGUGCCACGGAUUCCUACAAUACUGCCCCAUCUCCUGAGUACAUCCAGCUUCCAGCAGACUGCGUCCAGCCAGACGGAACAACGCUUUACAAUGUAGGCAAGUGCGACCAAAGGCCAUGUGGUUCACAUUCGGGAAAGAGAGCAACCUAUGGUUAUGUCAUCAGAAAUGACUAG